AUGACCAUGCCGGACCCUAUGCAUGGUAUGCCGCCGUUGUAUCGCCGUCCUGACGGUCACAAGGCGGGGGUGCUGGGAACCGACAACCUGAUAUCUCCCGAGUGCAUUGACGGUCUUGACGGCACUCAUAUUACCAGUUCGACAUUCAGUCAGGUCAGUUGGGACCCCAGCCUCGGGCACGGCGGCACCAUCUACUACGACUCCAAAACCAAAGACAAACAAGGCAACCGCUCUUCCCCGAAAGUCGCCAAAGGUAGCCCCGUUGGUCAAGACUGCGUAGUCGGCCAAGACGGCACACUUGGUCAAAACUGCGGCCCCUACCCAACGUACAUUCAGUCGGUCCAAGGUCAAGACGGUACCCUCCAUCAAGGAAACAUCUUCGGUCAAGACAAUACCUUCAAUCAAGGGAACACCUUUGGUCAAGAUGCCUUUGGCCAAGGGGUUAUCUUCAGUCAAGGGGCCACAGUUGGUCAAGACGGUACCUUCAAUCAAGAGAACACCCUCACCGGUCAAAACAAUCCAUUGGGCCCAAGUCUUCUAUAUCCAGGGUGUCCUAAGGGUAUUUGGACAUUUGGCCCUGACUAUCCCCCCUGGGAAGACGACAGUCUCAGCAAAGAGAAAGGAAAAGAGAAAGAGAGAAGCCCCUCUUUCGACAGCACCCUCAGUCAGGGGAGUACACUCUGGUCAGGGUCAGGAACCGACAGUACCAGCACACUGAGCCAAGCCAGCACCAUCUAUCCCAUCGGCAUGCUAGGUCAAGGUCAAGCUCAAGGGCAAGGACAGGGUCAAGAUACCAGCACCCUCUAUCCCAUUGGCAUGCUAGGUCAAGGUCAAGGUCAAGAUACUACCCUCUGGCUGAACUCCAGGUUGUAUCUAGAUACGAUCCUUGAUGGCAGCAGCACCGUCACCAACGGUCAAGAGAGCAGCAUCCUCGGCCAAUAUUAUGCCUUGUAUCAGAAUCAGAACAUGGCCCUCGGCCAAGACAGCACCUUUGGCCAAGGCAGCGGCAGUGGCAGCGGCAGUGGCAGUGCCAGCACCAGCACCAACACCAACACCAACACCAGCAUCCUUUAUCAAGACGCAGCCACUGCGCUCGGUCAACACAACAAGCUCCAUCAAGACAAUAGCUUCAAUUUCGAUCAGACCAGCACCUUCGAUCAAGUUAACACGCUCAGUCAAGCCAACACCUUCGAUCAAGGUAGCAUGCUUGGUCAACACAACACCUUCAAUCAAGGUAGCACCUUCGGUCAAGACCACCCCUUCAGUCAAGGUAAUGCUCUCGGUCAAACCAGCACCUUCGAUCAAGGCAAUACGCUCGGUCAAACCAACACCUUCAAUCAAGGUAAUACCCUCCUCUCUCAAGACAACCAGGUCUAUCAAGACACCACGCUCAGUCGAAGCAGCAGCUACCCCUACCCCAUCCAACAAACAAACACAGACCAAACCACGCAGCCGGCCAGUCCCCAAGCCCAAGCCAAAGCCCAAGCCAAAGCCGAAACCAAAGACAAAGGCAAAGGCAAAGGCGAAUCUCCACGACGGGCCAGUGCCAGCGCCAGUGCCAAUGCCAGUGCCAGUGACAGUAUCUAUGCCACAGAGUUCGACCGCACGCCGCCCGAGGUUGUGUGGCAAGAUUGGCCCCUCGACAAUGACAUACGCGGAGUGGGAGGCGGAGCUUGCACGAUUCAGCUUUGUCGGCCAAGGGGGGAAAGUCGAGCCCUACCUGCUAUAGUAUGGUUUUCUGAAGGAGCUUCCACGUCCACAUCCACAUUCACAUCCGUAUCCACUUCCACUUCCACUUCCACUUCAACUUUCACAUCCACAUCCACAUCCACAUACCGAGACCGAGACCGAGAACACGACCACAACAUCCAAGAACCAUCCAAUCGCACCUGGCACAAAGACCAGGACCACAAGGAGAAAAAGGCCAUGUUGAAACGGGCCUGCGAUCAGCGACAGAAGAUGAAGACGAAGAUGAACGAGAUCUGCACCAGAGACCACGAGCGAGUAUUGUUGACGCGGAUGUAUUUGACCUGCGCUGCCGUCCGCAUCACCUUCCACCCUGUCCCCGGAGACGUCUUUCCCGGCUCGGUGGAUGAAGUGUAUGAGGCCUAUGAUGACAUGGUCGCGAGUGGUCAUGACAAUGGUCUGAAUGGGACCUAUGUCCUCGGAGGACAAAAGAGGUAUCCUUCAUCAGCAGUGUCGCAUGUAUCUCUUUCUUUCACAAACACUGUUCACAAGUGUCCUUAUCAGCUGUGCACACGUUUCUUCGCAGUUACCGUUGCCCUCGUCCUUGCCGUAUUGACUCUACUCAAACAGUGGCGCCACGCUCGCCUUCGUCAUCGCCGUGCGCCGAGCAUCGAACCAGCAAGCACCACCGGCCGGGCUGAUACUCAUUUCGCCCGCCUACCUGGACAACUCGGUGUGGACCAAGAAAUCGAAUUCGAAGAAGCGGGCCAAGACCAUACGGCGAGACGAGAUGAUGCUCGACCGCACAACACCAACACCACCACCACCACCACCAAUACCAACUCCAACAUGGACAUGGACAUAGACAUCGACAUCGACACCGACACCACCGCUAGUCAACAUCGACUCGAUGUCCCCGAAGCCGUACUACGCAACGUGAGUCUGCCACCAAUCUCCCUCUCCGUGCUCCGACCGGACGCCUUCCUCGACGACGGCCAAGCACUAUGCAAUCAACUCAAACAGAGUCGCCACUUGGUCGUGUUCCGCAUGUUUCCCGCCACCACCGCGGGGAACAAUAAGUCCAAGUACUCCGAGUGCGGCGCCAUGCCGGACAGACUGGAGGACCAUCUGGUGAUUAUCACCAAGACAUGGUUUUCCCUCGACACUUUACUGUUCUCCGGUCAAACGUCGUGGCUUGCCAGGGAGGGCAAGGACGGCGCGGAUAAGAGCCCGAGUCUUCUGGAUGGGAUUAUUGAACAUUGGAGUGUGAUGAAGCCGGGAUGA